GAGGGGACGGGAAGGGGCCGGGAAGGGAGCGCCGGGAAGGGCCGGGAAUCCGCCCGGGGUUUCCAGUCGUUUCCAGGCGGGGGGACCGGGAGCCGAUGGCCAAGUGGGGCGAGGGAGACCCGCGCUGGAUCGUGGAGGAGCGGGCCGACGCCACCAACGUCAACAACUGGCACUGGACGGAGAGGGAUGCUUCAAACUGGUCGACGGACAAGCUGAAAGCCCUGCUCCUGGCAGUGCGGGUGCAGGACGAGGAGGGCGUCUGCGAGGUGACGGAGGUGAGCAAGAUGGAUGGAGAGGCCUCCAUCAACAACCGUAAAGGGAAGCUCAUCUUCUUCUACGAGUGGAACAUCAAACUCAACUGGCUCGGAACGUCCAAGUCGGGAGUGAAAUACAAGGGGCACGUGGAGAUCCCCAACCUGUCCGACGAAAACGACGUGGACGAGGUGGAGAUCAGCGUGAGCCUCGCCAAAGACGAGCCCGACACGAACUUGGUGGCCGUAAUGAAACGGGAAGGUGUGAAAAAGAUCCGCGAUGCGGUCGGGACGUACAUCGGCACCCUCAAAACGGAGUUCACCCAGGGCAUGAUCUUACCUACGGUGAACGGCGACACCAACGAACCCGCCCCGCAGCCCGCACCGAAAGCUGAGGAGCGGAAAGCCAAGAGCGGCACCUCGGCAAACCCGUCCAGAUCUGUUGGCGUCAAAAUUCCCACCUGUAAGAUCAGCCUGAAGGACUCGUUCUUGACGUCUCCCGAGGAGCUCUACAGGGUGUUUCUUACCCCGGAGAUGGUACGGGCCUUUACCCACGCUCCCGCCACCUUGGAAGCGGACAAGGGCGGGAAGUUCCACUUACUGGACGGCAGCGUCAGCGGAGAAUUCCUGGAGCUGGUCCCCGAGAAACACAUCACCAUGAAGUGGAGGUUCAAAUCCUGGCCUGAGGGGCACUUCGCCACCAUCACCUUGACGUUCGUCGACAAAGACGGCGAGACGGAGGUGCGGAUGGAGGGCAAGGGCGUGCCGGCUCCCGAGGAGGAGCGGACGCGGCAGGGCUGGCAGCGGUACUACUUCGAGGGCAUCAAACAGACCUUUGGCUACGGCGCGCGCUUGUUCUAGUCCCCGGCGUGCGCGCCCGUGGCCGCGUUGUUUCCUCAGCCCCCCGGGCUGGGACGAGCGGGAUGGCGGCACGGGCCCGGGCCCGGGCCUCCCCCACGCUCACCGAGGGUCCGUGCAUGCUUUCUGCUGGCGGGAUCAAAUGCCGCCGUCUCUUUUACCUGUACAUACGCUAAAAUAAACUGAAAUGAGAAAGGA